AUGUUCCGUGCUCUUUCGCUGCUUGCUUUGGUGUCGGUCGCGCUCGCCACGCCGAGUAUCCCUCGCACUCUGCUCCUUUCAAGGCAGCUCAGCGGAAGCAGCGGCAGUGACUGCUCCAGCACUUGCACUAACGUUUCGGACGUUCUCGAGAGCUGCACGAGUGCAACUGAGUGCUGCUCAGAUAGCACGAUCAGCGACGUCGUGUCGUGUAUCGACUGCGGUGUCUCUGCUGGUGUCGAGACGGAGUCAGAUGGCCAGGACGUUCUCGACCAAUAUUCGCAAGCUUGCUCGUCUCUUGGCGUCGACACUGGCUCCCUGACGGUUGGCUCUGGUUCCGCCUCAGCCUCGGCCACUGCCGCGCCAACCUUCAGCGCAAGCUCCGCGACCGCCGCGGGCGCGUCUUCCAUCACUCGCUCAGCUGACGCAUCUUCCGCGGUCUUCACCCCAGCCACCGCCCUCUCUUCACUCGAGGCCUCCGCUAGCGCCGCCGAGUCGAGCAUACGGGCGUCGGCAUCGCAGACCGCCUCGGCUGCAUCAUCCAGCGCCACAGACAGCGGUAUCAACAUCCCGGGUACGGCCGGCUCGGGUGCUGCUGGUCUGAGUGCGCCCGCGUCUGUUGUUCUGACGGCGGCCAUCGGUGUCGUUGCGGCCUUCCUGGCGUAA